AUGGAUGAGGAGAAUGAGAGCGUCUGUGUGAACAGCUCACUAGAUGAGGUUGACUGCUUCAGCAACCUGGAGGACAUGGACGUGUCGGCCGACGGGAGCCUGAGGUUCCUCAUCUGCGUCGUGUACUCUGUGGUGUGCGCUGCGGGUCUGAUCGGCAACCUGCUGGUCAUCUUCUUCAUCAGGGUGAAGCAGGAGAGGAAGAAGUCCACGGUCAACUUAUUCGUGCUCCACUUGGCGGUGACGGACCUCCAGUUCGUCCUCACUCUGCCCUUCUGGGCCGUGGACACCGCGCUGGACUUCAGCUGGCCCUUUGGAGACGCCAUGUGCAAGAUCAUCCUCUCGGUCACCGUGAUGAACAUGUACGCCAGCGUGUUCUUCCUCACGGCCAUGAGUGUGACCCGCUACUGGUCGGUGGCCUCGGCCCUGAAGAACAGGACAGCGCACAAGUCCUGCUCCUCCAGAUGGACGUGCGUAAUCAUCUGGACACUGGCGACUCUGGCCACUGCGCCAACCUCGAUCUUCUCAACUCUCAGCAACGUGACCGGAGAGAAGCUGUGUCUGCUGAGGUUUCCAGGUGGGCAGUACUGGCUGGCAGUCUAUCACAUCCAGAAGAUACUUGUGGGUUUUGUUCUGCCCAUGUCCAUCGUGUCCAUCAGCUACAUCAUGCUGCUGCGUUUCAUCAGCAGCAGGAGUAUGAAAACCAGCAACCCCAAACGGAGAACCCAAGUUACCAAAUCCAUCACCAUCGUGGUGUUGUCCUUCUUCCUGUGCUGGAUGCCGAACCAUGCCAUCACCUUGUGGAGUGUCCUGGUCAAACUGAACGUGGUGAACUGGGACAGAGCCUAUUACAUAGUCCACACAUAUGUGUUCCCUCUGACCGUCUGUCUGGCUCACACCAACAGCUGUCUGAACCCGGUUAUUUACUGCCUCAUGAGGAAGGAGUUCAGGAAUAAACUGAGGAGUCUGAUACACAGAGGGUGA